AUGACUGCGUCCUCUACAGCCACCAUCGGCUCUUACGAGCUGACGUCUCGCGCCAUCAAUGGAAAUGAGCCCCAUGUCGCUGCGGCCCGGGACAGCUCCGCCCUCUUUGACGAAUCCCGAACGCUUGGCUCCCGCGAUUAUGCAGAUGGUAGCGGUGACGGUAACGGUCUUGAGAGUGUCGCUGCGCAAACUGCCGCUGCGGAGGUGGAGCUUGCUGAGAGCUGGAAAUAUCCCCGUGAGAAUGUUUUUAAAACUGGUGCCGCCUUUUGGAGCCUUUUGACUUCGGGCGCUAACGAUGCUGCUUAUGGUGCUCUGAUCCCAUAUCUAGAAGAGUACUACAACCUGAGUUACAUCAUAGUAUCUCUUGUCUUUCUCUCCCCAUUCGUUGGCUACAUCCUUGCAGCCGUUCUAAACAACACUCUGCAUAGGCGAAUAGGACAGCGAGGAAUUGGCAUCUCUUGUGGACUCUGCCACAUUGUCGCUUAUAUCAUCAUCGCUCUUCAUCCUCCGUACCCCGUCCUAGUCCUUGCUUAUGCCCUCGCCGGUUUCGGCAAUGGCAUCAGUGAUGCAGCUUGGAAUGCCUGGGUCGGCAAUCUCGACAGAGCCAAUGAGACUCUAGGCUUUCUCCAUGCUUUCUAUGGUGUCGGAGGUGUUAUCAGCCCUCUCAUCGCUACAAAUAUGAUUGCAAAAGCCGGGUUGCCUUGGUAUACAUUUUACUAUGUCAUGAUCGGCCUGGCCGCCAUUGAGUUCGUUACUUGCUCAUGGGCAUUCUGGCCAAAUGGUCCAGAGGUCUAUCGUCGAACGAUGGACGCAAGCAACGAAGACAACCAAGGUAUGAAAGAAGCUCUGUUCAAGCUCCCUUUUGCCCGUGUCACUUGGCUUUGCGCCGCAUUCCUCCUCUGCUAUGUCGGCGUUGAAGUCUCCAUCGGUGGCUGGAUCGUCCAGUUUAUGAUCCGUGUCCGCAAAGCCGAGAACUAUCCAGCUGGUAUGACCUCCAUGGGCUUUUGGCUAGGUCUCGCCGUCGGUCGUGCCAUACUGGGUUUUGUGACGCCACGACUCGGCGUCAAGGUUGCAGUCGCUCUGUAUCUACCAGCUGCAAUGGCACUGCAACUAGUAUUCUGGCUCGUCCCGAGUUUCUAUGUUUCCGCCAUCACAGUAGCCUUCCAAGGUUUCUUCCUCGGCCCCCUAUUCCCGGCUGUUGUUGUUGCCACAACAAAGAUGUUGCCUAAGCAUCUACAUGUCAGCACCAUUGGCUUUGCUGCGGCUUUUGGCGGCAGUGGAGCUGCGGUUCUGCCUUUUGCUGUAGGUGCUAUUGCUCAAGUCAAGGGUGUCCAGACUCUACAGCCUAUUAUCCUUGCGUUCUUGACUGCUUUGUUGGGGUUGUGGUUAUGCUUGCCCAGACUUGGAAAGAAGAGGGAUUAG